AAGUGGACUUGGUUCAAAUUUUCUACAAAAAUGAAUAUCUUAAUCUUUUUAUUGAUAAGUAUGGUAGUAGCCGCAGUUAAAAGUGAAUAUUUCAGUGACAUUCCACCAAGGGAUUACUUCAAUCGCAAAACUCUAGCCGAUUGUCCCUCAAGAUUUUACUCUGAUCUUGAUCGAUUUGGUGGAUACGGCAUUUUUGGUGGGUUGCCUGCGAGGCUCGGUGAGUUCCAGCACAUGGCGGCUAUCGGUUGGAGGAACGAAAAAGGAGUGCGUUAUUUGUGCGGCGGAACUUUGAUAUCAGCCAAAUUUGUUCUGACGGCAGCUCAUUGCAGAACCGACGGAAAUGAAAAUAAACCGGUGAGCGUCCGCUUAGGAGAUGUCGAUCUCGGAGACUCCAGCGAUGAUCAAUUUGCCCAAGAAAUUCCAAUUCGAGAGUUGAUAGUUCAUCCACAGUAUUUGUCUUCCAUGAAAUACUUCGAUAUUGCGCUAAUAGAACUGGAGCAGGAAGUCAAAUUCAAUCAAGCCGUAUGUGCGGCAUGUCUUUGGAUGGAAAAUGAAGUCCCGGAAGAGAAACUGCAGGCCGUGGGCUUUGGGGCCACGGGUUUCGGUGAUAAUUUGAGCCCUCAGCUGCUCAAAACUCAACUCUCGACCAUCACCAACCAAAACUGUUCCGGUAGGCUUCCGGAAGGUAUGAGAUCGUUUCCCCAGGGGUUGGUUCAGGAACAAUUUUGUGCGAUCGGUGAGAAGGCAGAUUCUUGUGAGGGUGAUUCUGGAGGACCAAUACAAACUGAACGGAGUGAUGUUAACAACUUAAUCAUACCUUUGGUCGUUGGAGUAGUGUCCUUUGGGACUCCGUGUGGUGUGGGAUCGACUGGCGUUUACACCAGGAUUUCAAGCUACAAAUCUUGGAUUGAGCAGAUAACAGGACAACCGUUCGAUCAUCUCACUUGCGCCCGCAUCUCCAAAUGUCACGAUCGGGAAAUGAAAUAUUCCAACAUGCAAAAACCACCGAAGGAACCAAUUCACAGGGUAGGUUUACUGUGGAACGCUACGGACUUAAAUCAGUAUCGAUGCGGAGCAACCCUCGUAGACUAUCGGCACGCCAUAACAUCUGCUCAAUGUGUCUUCAACCGCCCUGGAGGUGCUCCGAAGUUCAUCGUCAUAGAAUCAACCGGAGAGCUAGUGCCCGUAGAAAACAUACGAAUUCAUCCCGAGUACAACCGCCAGCGGCCUGAAAACGAUUUGGCUCUGAUAAAACUGACCAAAUACCUUAAAGCGGAUGCCGAACUUCUUCCGGCCUGUCUUUGGCGGGAUGCCGAGGUGAAAGAGGAAUACAAUUCGAUCUUUUACUCUGCUUACAGUAGUCGAUUUACGGCUGACUUGGCUCGUUACAAUCCUGAUGCAAACGAGCGAUACGUUAUCAAAACUAAACUGGAGAAUAAUGCAAUGUGUAAGGAUUCACAGUAUCGAAGCCGAAAUCUUCUUUGCGGCGAAAGCAAUAGCAAUUUGAUUCCGAAAGUGUGCAAGAUUGACUAUGGUGGACCAGUCUCCAACAUUCAAAACGCGCAGUACUUACCCCAGCUUUACGGCGUUGUAUCAUCGCUCACGAAGGAAUGCGACGGUACACUGGUGGGUACAAGAAUUGCACCUCACAUCAACUGGAUUGAAGAUACCAUACUUGAUCAGUCGUCAGAUCAACUCAUUUUCAGCACAUAAAGCGGCAUAAAAUUGUCACCUACAUUGAAUAAAAGUUAAUUUCAUAAACUUAUUUGAAGGACAAUCUACCAGUAUGACACUUGUUGAGAAGAAUGCAAGUUAUGAAAUUUUUUUAAUGUUAUAGCCCAAUGAUAAUAACAUACAUCAGUUCAGAAGCGGAGUGAAUGAAAAAAAAAAAAAUAACAAAAUAGGUAUGUUCGUUAAAUUUGUCGCGAGCUGAGCAUUGUGAUACAAGCUGAGAAGAUAAUAUAAGAUGGAUUUGACUUCUUUUCUCCGUAGGUACUUCAAAACUCAAAUCAAGUACGGUGUCAAGUUAAUAAAAUGAUGCCUUCUAUAACGCCUUAAAUACUGCUUGGAUAUUUAGUACCCGUCUCGAAAGAUCCAAGCAUUAAACAGACAGAUGAGUACCGUGAUAGAACUUUGAAUAAGCAACUACUAUCAAAUACAAGCAUUCAGAUAAUCACGUCGACUUCAUCCGAAUAAUUUCA